GCUAUGAAAAUGGGGAAGAGCAGAAACAGACGAGAAGAGGAGGAAGUCAAAGGAUUAGAUCAUUAGAGUGAGAAAUGAUUGCUUUUUUUUUUUUCCUGAAGGUUAGAAAGGAUGUUAGUUUAUUAUUAUUAUUAUUAUUAUUAUUAUUAUUUAAGAAAGGAAUGUUGGUUGACUAUAAGAGAAAGACUGGAGACCUAGGCGGCUCUUAGUCAAAGAAGAAGACGAGCACUAGCGGCAUGGCUGCUCGAUCGAAGGAGACACGGCGGGUCCGACGGAGAGAGGAAGGUAUGUGAUGCCCUAACAGUUUACCUAUAAAGCACGAGAUUUUAUGCACCAAUGGGCUUAGGGGUCUACGAGUUAUGCUUACAUACAAGAUAAACAGAGUUUUAGAUGGAAGUUCAUGCAAAUUAAGUUAAUCAGACUUUCGUAUCUGCAAUUGUUGGUAGAUUUAGCACAUUUUAUCUUCUCAGGAAAAUUAAAAUGGAUCUUUCUAGAAUUGAGCACAGACUUGCUCAGAUAUUCAGAGUUGGAAAUCGUGCCACCAACUGGCUUGCAAAUUUGGAAGUUGAUAUUACCUGUAUGUAAUUGAAUCGACCCUCCGAAUAUUUCUCCUGCUCUUAAUUCAAUUCUCAUCUGUUACAAAAUGUUUUGGCUUAUUCUAACGUUCUCGUAUCCGUCUUCUUUAAUUUGUCAUCUCGUUUUGUUUUUGAUGAUGAUGUAUCUGCCUUAUCAUCAAGAUCAUCAAGAUCACCUCUUUGGCUCCUUCCUCACUUCUUUAUUUCUAGACUACCUAGAGGAGGUGUUUGGUAGAACUCAUGAUUUGAUUAAAUUAGGAUUUCGUAAAUCCUUUAAAUCCGGAUUUCGAAAAUCCUAAGGGGGCCUAAAUCCUGAAAACUGUUUGGUGACAUUCAUGAUAAAUCCUAUUAAAUCUUGUGUGAGUGUUUGUCUAUAGAAAAGAUUUAAUGAGCGGACUUUUCCUCUUUAGCCAAUGGAUUUUGUAAAUCCGGCAAUAAAAAAGAUUUUGAAAAUCCGGAAUUUAGCACGAAAAGGUGGAAUUUUCCAUCUACAGUGGCUUUAUUUGCCGUGAGAUUUGGUUUUGCAUUUUAGGUCGUUUGGCUGGAUUUCGCUCAAAUCCGCCUAAAGUACGGCCUAUACAACCCCAAAGAGUUCUUAGCUAUUGGACGACUUCAUUCUAAAGGGAAUUUCAAAUUUGGCAAGCUGAGUUAUGUAACAAGUUGUAAGUGGCCCGAGCUGAUUCAUAUUCAGCAACUUGGUGAACUAAAUUCAGUUUCUCGAUGACUUGAUCAAUUUAAUCUAAAUAAGUAUGAGCGCAUAAAUUAUACCAUUACUCAUGUUAAAUUCCCUCUAUAAAAUGUGUUUGGAAGUCAAUGAACAACUUGAGUAGUUAAAUAGGAAUUAAUGGAAAGCACUGCUGCUGCAUUUCUUCUCGUUGUUGACCAUAUAGAUCUGCCUUAGAUUACUCCAAGCUAUAGCAAUUGACAUGAAUAAAUCCCUUUCUCGCCCCAACCAUUCUCUUUCUAUCAAUAUAUAUAACAUAAAUGCGCACAAGGACAAACAGCACAUGCAGACUAAAUUAAAUAUAGUGCUCUGAACUGGAAUACUUUAAGCUUCAUACCUUUUCAUUGUUUUUUUGUUUAAAAUACUGUCAAGUGCCUCAACAAGCAGGAAAGAAGCUCCUGAAAUUUUGGAAUGAUGGGCAUAAAAUAAUCCAACUUUUUCUAUAGAUCCAUCUAAUAUGCAUUACAUCUAUCCUAUAAAAAGGUACCCAACCAACUAAAUAGAACUCAGAAACUAACUUAACAGAAUCUCUAUCUUUCACCGUCUCUAAAAUGCAGGAUUCUCUUAUGACUCCUCUUCAACUUCCUCUCUUGGAUGUCUCCCAACCCUUACAUCCUUCUGUUCUCUCUGUUCUCAAUUCAGCUUGUCGUGAUUGGGGCUUCUUCCACAUCACCAACCAUGGAAUCUCCAAGGAACUCUACAAUAAGAUCUACAUCCUAUGCAAAGAAGUUUUUAACCAGCCUUUAGAUAUUAAGCUCAAGCUAGGACCAUCAGCCAGCAUCAAUACCUACACUCCUCACUUCAUUGCAUCCCCUUUCUUCGAAAGUCUUCGAGUUUCUGGUCCAGACUUCUAUAACUCAGCUAAGAAAUCAAGCAAUGUACUAUUUCAACGAGCCAAUUCGGAGUUCUGUGAAGUAUUGCAAGAAUAUGGAAAUAAGAUGAUUGAUUUAUCAAAGAAGAUUAUCUCUAUUCUUUUGAAUUGUCUUGAAGAUGGAUUUGAGAAGAAAUACCAUGAAUCUGAAUUCAUUAGGUGCCAUGGAUACCUUAGGAUUAACAACUACUCAGCUCCAGGGAACUUUGAUACAGGAGAAAUUGAAGGGCUUGGAAAACAUACAGAUAUGAGCUGCAUCACAAUUCUUUACCAGGAUGAGAUUGGUGGGCUUCAGGUAAGAUCAAAGAGAGGGGAAUGGGUGAACUUAACACCAAAUGAAGGAACAUUGGUAGUGAACAUUGGAGACUUGCUCCAAGCUUGGAGCAAUGGACGGCUGAGAUCAUCCGAACACAGGGUGGUGUUAAAACAUUGUGUUAAUAGAUUCUCAAUGGCUUUCUUUUGGUGCUUUGAGGAUGAAAAGGUGAUAAAAGCUCCUGAAGAUUUAGUGGGAAAAGAAAACAGUAGAAUGUAUCCACCAUUUAUUUGUCAGGACUACGUAAAAUUUCGGGAGAAUAGUGAGAGAGGAAGAUUUGAUAUUGUUGGAUAUACUGUUGAUGAUUUCACCCUGAAAAGCACUUCGAUAUCUAAAGAUUUUAAUUCUAAACGAAGUGCUAGUAUCUGAUUUUCAAUCUGAGAAAGAUAUUUCAUCUUUUCUGAAUUGAAUUGUUGUAUUCUCCCCAUUGUAAAGUUAUACGAGUAAAAGAUGUGAUCUUUUCUACCAUUCAUGGAAUUGUUUUCAUAGCCUCUGAAAUAUAAUUGACAUUAACGGGCUGUUUGGUAGCACCCAAAAUUUCAUUUAAGUAGGAUUUCGUAAAUCCUCUAAAUCCGGAUUUAUGAAAUCCGCUGGGGGGUUAAAUCCUAAAAACUAUUUGGUAACAUUUAUGAUAAAUCUUGUGUGACUGUUUGACUAUUGAUUGUUAAAUCCUGAAACAAGCGGAGUCUUCUUCCCUCUCGCGCCAACAGAGUGUUAAAUCCGCCGAAUCAGAGGAUUUCAGAAAUCCGGGAAUUGUCACAAAAAGUGGUAAUUUUCCGUCUACGGCGGCUUUCAUUUACUGAGAGAUUUGGUUUUGCAUUUUAGGCGGUUUGGCUGGAUUUCGCUCAAAUCCGGCCUAAAUCCUGUUACCAAACAACCCCUAUAUAUUGAGGCAAUUCAACCGUUGAAUAUUGAACCUAAUGAAAUAGCUAUGGAUGUUACUUGGUUGGUGGAUGAAAAGAAGAAAUCCUAUGAGAUAUUUGAAUGUUCUUAAUUGUUGAAUAAUGCGUUAGAUACGAGUUGAAAAACUUGGGAUUUCGGGCCUGUUUACAUUGCAAAACCACAAAUUUGGUGCAGAUUACGUGGACCAAUUUGGGCCUUAAGAUAUGCUCUAAUUACCGUGUGGAAGGAUUAUGCAGGGAACAGGAUGGAACAAGGAGUCCUUUGAUUUGAUGGUUUUGAAAUAAA